UCUCCUUCAAGAGCUCAAAAAUGCUGUUGGAAUUUCGACCUUCGUCAGAAAUAUCACUAGGGGGCGAAAUGCGACAGUCGUUUGAGACAGAAAAAACGCGGAUUUUGCGGGACUUUAUACUCUCCCUUGCAGCGUACACGGGUUGUGACGGGAUGCUCAGAUGAGCUGUGUGAUGACACAGGGAGCCUGUUACACACACUCCUUUGCUGCUCCAGGAGCCCCCAUCUCAUCAAACAACACAUCUCUCAGGACACACUACGCACUGCCACUGCGGAGAACGGAGGACCGAGCAAACAAGCUGAAACAUUCAGAUCAUUUGGACACAGAAAAAAAAAAAAGCAACAAUGUUUGGAUGCUGGAUUAUCUUUCUUUUACUGUCUGCAACAUCUGAGUUUUUUGUGGUGAUCCGCUCAGAGAACAACACUGGAGGUACGGCCCAAAAAAAUGCUCAUGAAAUGGACUUUACUCGCCACAACAUUUUGACCGCGCAGUUUGAAUGUUACCAGAAGAUUAUGAAAGACAACAAGAUUAUGAAAGACACUAAUCACAAUAAAACAGAUGGUUCUAUGUGUAAACGGACCUGGGAUGGAUGGCUGUGCUGGGACGAUUUGGAAGCAGGUGUCACCUCGGCCCAGCACUGUCCGGACUACUACGAUGACUUUGACACCUCAGAAAUGGCGACGAAGAUUUGCACUGAUUCAGGCCAGUGGUUUGUCCACCCGGAGAGUAACAGAACAUGGACAAAUUACACAGGCUGUCAGCAUAUGUCUACUGAUCACAAAAGGACAGCACUUAAUCUCUACUACUUGACUUUGAUUGGUCAUGGAUUGUCGCUUAUAUCUUUGUUGACUUCUCUAGGGAUAUUUUUCUAUUUCAAGAGCCUAAGUUGCCAAAGGAUAACUCUACACAAGAAUCUCUUCUUUUCCUUCGUACUAAACUCUGUUAUAACCAUCAUCUUUUUCACUUGUGUUGCAAACAACCAAGAAGUAGCCCAAGCCAAUCUAGUGAGCUGUAAGGUGUCUGUGUUUAUUCACCAUUAUCUCCUGGGCUGUAACUAUUUCUGGAUGUUGUGUGAGGGAAUCUACCUGCACACACUUAUUGUGGUGGCCGUCUUUGCUGAGAAACAGCACCUCAUGUGGUAUUACCUUCUAGGAUGGGGCUUCCCAUUAAUACCUGCAUUUAUCCACGCAAUAGCCAGGAGUUAUUACUACAAUGACAACUGCUGGAUAAGUUCAAACACUUCUCUUCUCUACAUUAUCCAUGGACCCAUCUGUGCAGCCCUGUUGGUUAAUCUCUUUUUCCUUUUAAACAUUGUGAGAGUGCUGAUCACCAAGCUGAAGGUGACCCACCAGGCAGAGUCCAGUCUUUACAUGAGAACUGUUAGGGCCACCCUAAUUCUGGUACCUCUGCUGGGCAUUCAGUAUUUACUGCUGCCUUACAAACCUGAUGGACGGCUUGCCUCUGAGAUAUUUAUACACACAAUGAACAUACUGCUGCAUUACCAGGGCCUCUUGGUUGCCACAAUAUUUUGCUUCUUCAACAGCGAGGUGCAGGGUGUUUUGCGAAGGCACUGGAACCAGUAUCGCAUCCAGUUUGGCAGUACAUUCGCUAACACAGAGGCUCUGCGUUCUGCAUCCUACACAGCCUCCUCGAUGACAGAGGUCCAUCGAUGUUACAGCAUUGACAGCCACAUGGAGACACUAAACGGCAAGAGUUUUCACAGUCUGGAGACCACCAUUCUCCGAUCAGACAAUCUAUACAUGUGAGAGACUUGCAAGCAGCCUCACUGGGAAUACCACUGACCAAAUAUGUAUGAGUAGAGGCUUAAUAGACAUACAUAUGGACAAGAAACUUUGUACUACAGACACAAAUAAGCCUUCUCUCAAAACCUGGCCAUAAUAUUUGCCUCUUUAUGGAUGGGAUUAGCCAUUUUUGACUGGAGAAAAUACUGUAUUUUACAUGGAAUAUUAAAUUCAAUGCAGUUGGAACACUAUGGGAACAUCAUGUAUUGUCAGUCUGUCUGAUUUAUUUCAUUUAAUGGACCUGAAGUAAGAUUUUAUGUGGGUAUGAACUGAGGAGCUGUUCGCUGUUGCCUUUAUGCAUUGGUUGAUGGCUUCUAUGACACUGUUUAAACAAAAAGGCUUCUGGCUUGAACAAAGAUGAAGAAGGCACCACAGAAACUGUGAAUUCACAUCUAUGGAUCUAUGUAUGCAUUGUGCUGGCUCUAAAAACCUUUUAUAAAUCAAAGGAACAUACAAUGAAUGACACAAUGAUGUGAUUCCAGAAGAAAUUGGUGAUCAUGUCUGUCCUGCAUUUCACGUGGUUCUCGCUCUCGGUGGGGCACAUGUGCAAGGUCUCCCCGGUAACGCGCUCAACAAGCCAUGUGAUAAGAAAGAUUGAAGGUCUCAGAUGCGGAGGCAACUGAUAUUCAACCUCCGCCACCCGGAUUGAGGCGAGUCACUACACCACCACAAGGACUUAGAGCGCAUUGGGGAUUGGGCAUUCCAAAUUGGGGAGAAAAGGGAAGAAAAUCAAAAAAAAUAUAUAAAACAAAAAUAUGUAUGUAUACUUUGAUUAAAGAAACCGAAACAGAAUAGAGUGAUUGUCACUAAAAACUAUUCAAAAUACAUUUCCCUGCUGAAAAAACUAGCAUAUGUUGUGUUUUGGGGCAUGUCUCCAGAAUUGGAGGCUGGUGUUCCCACAAGACUGUUUAACUAGUUUCAGCAGCAACACUAACUUGGUCAAUGAGCUUCACCAGCAGCAACUAGGAUAACCAGUCUGGACAUGUUAUAAUCUUCAAGGACAAGUUCGAUUUUCUCCACGUGGGUUCAGAGUUUCUGGGGAACUGUCUCUCAACAGUGUCUCUAUGGCUGGAACAUACAGAUGCUUUUGCCACUUUUUCACUAUCGUGUUUCUCAUCUGCACAUGCUGGAUAAAUAAACAAUCAUAUGUUGAAAUGUAAAUAUAAUUCUACAUCUAAGUGUGUUAUGGAAGUUGGUUUGGUGUAUAUAAAUAUAUUUAUAAAAGUAUUCUUGUGUUUUUGAACAUGAACAUGAUUAAUUCGGUAUAGGGCUUCAGAUUUGAGAUGAUGGAUAAAUAAAUAUAUAUAAAUAUGUCUCUUUUUUUCUUUUUUAAUCCCUUUUUUUAUCCAAAUUGUCAUGUCCAAUUCCCACUGCUUACUAGGUCCUCGUAGAGGCACGGUUACUCACCUCAAUCUGGGUGGCGGAGGACAAGUCUCAGUUGCCUCCGCUUCUGAGAUAAUCAAACCGUGCAUCUUAUCACGUGGCUCGCUGUGCAUGAAACCGCAGAGACUCACAGCAUGUGGAGGCUCAUGCCAUUCUCUGUGAUCCACGCACAACUUACCACGUGCCCCAUUGAGAGCGAGAAUCACUAAUCGCAACCACAAGGUUACCCCAUGUGACUCUACCCUCCAUAGCAACCGGGCCAAUUUGGUUGCUUAUGAGACCUGGCUGGAGUCACUCAGCACACCCUGGAUUUGAACUUGUGACUCCAGGGGUGGUAGUCAGCGUCAAUACUCGCUGAGCUACCCAGGCCCCCCUUAUAUCUCCUUUUUUUUCCUUUUUUUUAUCUAUUUUAAAAUCCAGUUAAUUCCAGAUCGGUUUAUUGUCUCCUAAUUUGAAUUGUUGUUACAUUUGUUAAAAACUACUAUGAUUAUUAUUAUAAAUAUGAGUCACAACUGAAACAGCUCAUCUCAUUAGAUGUAGCACCUUAAAAUUAUUUUAAAAUGUUCAGAAGAUCUUUGUUAAUUGUAUUGUAAAGUACUGUAUUUUAAAAACAUUGUUUCACUGUGGAUGGUUGAAAUAUAAGAAUUUAAAAGUAAAAUAUCAUUUUUUAAAUACUAACCAUGUUGUGUUUGUUAACUGAAGUAAUGAAGCAGAACAGUGCAUUUAUUUAAUAUAACAAUUAGCCAUAACAUAUUUUAGAGUAUAAGUCCAGUAUAAUUGACGACUUGUUGCUGUUGUCACUGCAUAUAUCUGCCGACAUAGCUUCAGAUUAUUGUUAUUCUCUUACAUGUUUUUCUUUUUUUGUCAGCUCUGUUGAUUCUGUAAGGCCCUGUUGAUUCUCCAACUGCCAAUAUAAAUAAAUUUAGAAAAUGUAUAUUUAUAUAAUAUUAAAUUAAAUACAUUGUUAUAAAUAUAUAAUAUAAAUUAUAUAUUUUAUAUUAUUAUAAAUAUAUGUUUAUAAUAUGAAUAACUUAUAUUUACAUAAGUUUACAUUGUGUUAAAAGCAUUUAAAUGCUUUAAUUGAAAUGUAGAUUUUGGAGAACCGGGCUACCACACUUUUUACUGUAGUGAAAAUUUCUUAGAGUUUAUGUACGUUUUUUUACAGACACAUACCUUAAAUUCUUGGGUACAAAAAGCUAUUCCCACAGUUAUUGAAAAAAAGAUUGGCCCUAUAAUGGGGCGUGUUGUCACAUAUUGGGACCCUGCCAUUUAAUACUCCAUCAUAAGCUUUUAAGCUAAAUUAAUGAUGAAUUUGAAGAAAUACCCUUGUCCUAGGAACACAGUUCAACCUUUAAAAUAAAUUGUACCUUAAUUAUAUACUUGACCCUUGCCUGAUUGUAUGCCAGUGUGAUUUUAUUUUGAUUUUUUAACUCGAGAGCUAUUACAAAACAUGACGAUAUUGGAAAUUUAAUCUAAACAGUUUUAACCUAGGUGUUUUUAAUUAACAUACAAAACCACCUUGGACUGAAAUUAACUACAAUUAUUUUCGUUGGUGUAACCUGAUGUUUUCAGGUUAAUUUAGUCAUGUUAACCUCGUGCGACUCCACGGACACAUGCGUGUAUGUUGUAUUUGGCUUUGCUAUACGUAACACACAAAGUGCUUCUGGUAAGAAACCUCUUUAUGUUUUUUCACUGAAACCUAUUUGGGUGUAAAGAGUAGCGUUUCUAGUUUCAUUUGAUAUGACGCUUUAAAACAUGAAUUAAUUUUUCGCAUGAUAAACAAUAAUAAACAUGAUGUACACAGAUGUGUAUACUGUGGGGCAUUAUUCCCACAAAAGUAAAAAAAAUAAUACAAAUGUUUGUUAUUUUGAAUAACUUUCCACAUUAGCAAAUCUGUGGGUCAUUUUGCUUCAUUUUAAUAAAAAUGUUGGUGUAUUUUAUUUUAUCAAUGUACAAUACGGUUAUAUUCAUUAACAUCUGUACAUGCAUUCCUUUAUUCAAUGUGCAUUUUCAUGUUGCGAAUCAGUGGGUUUAUCCAAAAGCUUUCAAGGACUUUAUAUGGAGUUUAACUAUUAUGAGACCAUUGCAGACAGGCAGCACACUGGAGAUUAAGUCGUUCACUAAAUAGCGAGAAAGGGGCCAUCCAAUAGCUCUCUAUGUAGUGAAGUGCAUUUACUCCAAAAAUCCGACCAAAAGUUCAGUUUCACCCUGCUGAUUAUGUUUGACCACUCAACAUGUUUCUCAGACAUUGGAAAAUAGAAAUUAGUACAUAGAUUCAUAAUUUAUAAUGCUUAAUUUUUUUCAACAUGGUAGUGAUUGGAUGAUGCUGAUCAUAAUUUUGAAUCUGAAUUAUUUAUUCAGCUUUUCUGAAAAUCAGCUGUGAUAUCUGUAACGUCUCAAAAACAUUAAUAACCCAAACUCCUGGAAACAUAAUAAAAAUUUAAUGAAAGGAUUUGACUUUUUAUAGCUUGGUUAACAUUUCACAUAUGUGGACAACACAUUUUAGGAAAAACUAUUUGCUCUAACUUUU